UACGAGUCAGCUGAUAAAACCAGGCCUGUGUAGGAACAUCAACGUAGCACCUAUUAUCUUAUCUCUACACUACACGAAUUCAGUAGAGUUACAGGACACGUUAAGAUAUCACCUGGCAGUCGUACAUAAGUCCCGAAAUCUGUUGCAACACAUGUAUUGUUGUCAGUAGUGCCCACGUUCUUCAGUCUUAGUUUAUUUAACAGAUCUGCAAUGCUAACUUCGAACAAAUGAUGGGUCGCAGAAUCGAAGUGAUCGCAUUUGAUACAACCUAUUACCCAUUUGCAUUUGCAAGCUGUGCAUUUUUCCUGUGUAUUUAUAAAUAUGUCUCCCCAUCGCUGUCACUGCGAAUGUGUGAAGGGUACAGGAAUAUGCCACUGGCAAAACAAAUUGACUGGAAUACAAGAGUAAACUCAACCCUCCAUUCUGCCAUUGUUAGCUGUAUGUGUGUGUACUCACUUGUCUACGACAAUGAAAUCAGUGAAGAUCCUAUUUGGUGCGAUGCCCCCAUGGUUAGAACUAGCUGUGCAAUAUUGUUUGGAUACAUGGCUUCUGAUUUGGUUGUGAUGACUGUUCAUUACAAGCACAUAGGCGAAACUUUUUACUUUUUUCACCAUGGGGCGUCCAUGUAUGCCUACUACUAUGUCACAACAUACGGAGUGCUUUCCUACUUCGCCAAUUACCGCCUGAUGGCAGAGUUUUCCACAGCAUUUGUCAACCAGAGGUGGUUCUUUGAUGUGUUGCGCUACCCAAAGAACAGUCCCCUCUUCAUAGGAAAUGGUUUAGCGAUGACAGCAGCAUUUUUCUUGGCACGUAUAGCAGUGAUGCCGUCUUAUUGGUCAAAAGUUUACAGCGUAUAUGGCACAGAAGAUUUUGCCCGCAUCGGUCAUAUACAAGGAGUGCUUAUUGUCACCUGUGUUAUUCUGGACGUGAUGAAUAUUUUCUGGUUUUACAAGAUGUGUUUGGGUGUGAAGAAAGUUUUGACUAUUUUAUUAAAGUUAAAUACACCCAUAGAAGAAAGUCGACCAGCGAUACCAGUGGAAGACAAAGUGAAGUAGUCAAUGUUGUCAUUUGUCUUUUCAUGAUUUGAAUUUACUUAUGAAAUUUUAUCACCAAUAGAAAUAGCACCUUAUUUGGUGUCUUUAAGAAUUUCUUAUUUUUAAACUUAUCCUAUCUCACACUAUGUCUCUCUUCUUUGUUCUUCAAUCCUAUGUGGAAACAUGCUUCAUCAGUUUCCAGCAUCUGUAAAACAAUUGAACCAAACACAUCCCAGCAUCACCACGGUCACUCCCCAAACAAAUAGGUCACACUCUGUACUCCCAUGCAUAGCGACCUACGCAACCUAGUCAUGUGAUUCUGCCUGCGAUAUCAUUCUCUUUGUCAUUGCUACUCAGUGGAGAUGUGUAUGUGAAUAGUGAGAGAAUAUAGUUUUGGUGUUUUUACCGGAUUUCCUCUAAUAAGCCCUUAAUGUGCGACAAUUUGAGGAUAAGAUGAGCAAAGAUCUUAGUCCUCGUCCGGUUUAGCAGGAGUGCAUUAUUACAAGACCUGCUGUGACUACUGGAGACGAUGCAGUCUUUCCAAGCAAUGAGUUUGACUACAUGACAGAGGAAUCCUUCUAAGUCUAUAUGUAGGGAAAUGCCACAGACAUGAAAUGGACAGGCGAUCAAAAUCGCAGGAUUCUGACAAGGCCACGCCGUCUGCUGUCAAGAAACUCAAGAAAUCUAAUAAGGCGUCUGUCCUCGCCUCCGUUGUUGUUUAACUAACUUGGAUUCCUCUUUACUUCAAGUGACACCUGAACUGUCCGUUCUUGACCCUCUGAAUCCACAUCUACGAUGGAACAACCAGCGAUCUCAGAUGUUCGUAAAGUGCUUGUGGCAAUAAAUCCAACUGAAACUCCAGUGACUGGAGGAGGAUCAACUCUCUAGGAAGCGACGUUCAGAGGAUCGACUCUCUAGGAAGGGACGUUCAGAGGAUCGACUCUAGGAAGCGACGUUCGGAGGAUCGACUCUCUAGGAAGCGGCGUUCGGAGGAUCGACACUCUAGGAAGCGACGUUCGGAGGAUCGACACUCUAGGGAGCGACGUUCGGAGGAUCGACUCUCUAGGAAGCCACGUUCAGAGGAUCGACUCUCUAGGAAGCGACGUUCAGAGGAUCGACACUCUAGGAAGCGACGUUCAGAGGAUCGACUCUCUAGGAAGCGUCGUUCGGAGGAUCGACUCUCUAGGAAGCGACGUUCAGAGGAUCGACUCUCUAGGAAGCGACGUUCAGAGGAUCGACUCUCUAGGAAGCGACGUUCAGAGGAUCAACUCUCUAGGAAGCGACGUUCAGAGGAUCGACACUCUAGGAAGCGACGUUCGGAGGAUCGACUCUCUAGGAAGCGAAGUUCGGAGGAUCGACUCUCUAGGAAGCGACGUUCAGAGGAUCGACUCUCUAGGAAGCGACGUUCAGAGGAUCGACUCUCUAGGAAGCGACGUUCAGAGGAUCGACUCUCUAGGAAGCGACUUUCGCAGGAUCGACUCUCUAGGAAGCGACGUUCGGAGGAUCAACUCUCUAGGAAGCGACGUUCAGAGGAUCGACUCUCUAGGAAGCGACGUUCAGAGGAUCGACUCUAGGAAGCGACGUUCGGAGGAUCGACUCUCUAGGAAGCGACGUUCGGAGGAUCAACUCUCUAGGAAGCGGCGUUCGGAGGAUCGACACUCUAGGAAGCGACGUUCGGAGGAUCGACACUCUAGGGAGCGACGUUCGGAGGAUCGACUCUCUAGGAAGCGACGUUCGGAGGAUCGACUCUCUAGGAAGCCACGUUCAGAGGAUCGACUCUCUAGGAAGCGACGUUCAGAGGAUCGACUCUCUAGGGAGCGACGUUCAGAAGUUCGACUCUCUAGGAAGCGACGUUCGGAGGAUCGACUCUCUAGGAAGCGACGUUCGGAGGAUCGACUCUCUAGGAAGCCACGUUCAGAGGAUCGACUCUCUAGGAAGCGAUGUUCGGAGGAUCGACUCUCUAGGAUGCAACGUUCGGAGGAUCGACUCUCUGUCAAUCGACAUUCUCAUAAGGAGACUCCUGAAUACAGGUAUGACUCCUACUCGACAAAAUUUGUAUGAGGAUUAUUACACAGAUUCUGCUGAAUGUUAUUUGACUUUGGGUAAGUCCUCAUCCCCCUGUUCUUCAGAUAGAUGUUGCCAACAUGAUCACUCCCGUUCAUCAUCAUGGUCAACGAGAUUUCACAUUUGGGAUUGUUCGUGGUACAGUGUUUAGGAUCACAACCACAUGGCUGGGAGAGCUACCCUCCACACAUGGACUUUAUCCCCCUUGGGGUGGUUAUCCCUGUGCUGUGCUCUAUCCCGACUAUCCUGAUUUUUACUGGUCUCCUCCACAGGAUCAGUCCUUUGGUCGACAUUACCGAGAUUCUCAAGGUCCCUCUCCUGCUCAGAAAUGUCCCUCUACUUGUGUUGCCGGCUACUGGCUCAAAGAUCCUCUUCUGCAUAUUGUCGAUCAUUCCUCUUCUCGCCUUAGCAUGUUUCAAUCCCUCAGGCGUGUUUGAUAGCUUUGACGAAGCUUUAAAAGAGAUGCCUUGCAGUCACUCUCUUUUGUCCAUGGGAGAUAGUUUUGCGUCCUGUCUUGUAGAAUUGAUUGACUGGAGACCCUUCCAGAUUGAUUAUAAGUCGAUGCAGUAUCGCUUGUUCUAUACAGAUACACGUCAUUCAUGUAAUCAUGUAAUGAUUUCAUGCUGUAACAUCCGAUUAGCGUAUCAGGAUUGUAAUUCCAGCUUCGCUGUGUUUUCCUGCUGACAAGUCAUUGUCUUUGAGUCACUAAGCAGUGUUUUCAAUAUCCUAUUAAAUUCACUGUUUAGCACCAGCUUCCUCGUGUACGCUUUAAGGUUGUAGUUUAUUUCAGGCUAGGGUAUCUGCGCCCCACCAUCUAACUGUAUAGUGGGAGAUAGGAUAAGUUUAGUAAUUUGGAAAUUGUUUUUUGGAAAUUGUAUAUUUAUAUACUUAUCCUAUCUCACACAUUAUAUGCCCUUCCAACCAUCCCCGCAUCACAGCUACUGUAGCUUGUUAGCUCUGACGAAAGAGAAUGAUAUGGUGGGGUUAAGCAAGUGAUAAGUCGUGUAGGUCGCUAUGCACGGAGUACAGUACAUGACCUAUUUGUUUGGGUAGUAACCAUGGUGAUGCUGGUAUGUGUUUGGGUGAAUUGUUUUUUAGAAGCUGGAAACUGUUAAAGUAUGUUUCCACAUAUGAUCAAAGAAGAAAGCAGAGAUGCAUCUUGUCAGAUAGGACAAGUACAUAAGUAUACAAUUUACAAUAAAUUCUCCAAUAAUAGAUUUUAAAAUUCAAGAAAAAUAAUACAUAAUUGAUGUGCUUCUUUUUCGUGUUCCUUUGGGGAAAUUCAAUGAUUCACUAGUCAUUAAUGAGUGUUGUGUGUCAAUCGACAGCGUCAAUCAUUGUCGUGACUAUCCUAAAUCAAAUCUCUGAUUUACGCUUUCACCCAACCAUUUUAUCUUAGUGUGUUGGGAGAGACAUGUAUUAUUUUUCUUCCAGAAGGCAAAAUUUGGGGCAUCAACAUCAACAAUAAUUUCAAUGUGACUUUGGAGACUAAUUUAGAAAUUAUGGUCACCAUUUCAGAUAUGACAGGACUGAUAACUCUGUUUUGAAAGAUUUCCAUAUUCAGUUUGUGCACAUUGUGAUAAGGAAGCAUACUGAUGUCUGUCUCCAUGGCAACCCAUCUUUCAACUGUGUUCCAUCUUUAAUGAAAGUGCUCAAGCUGUUUCUCAUUGAUUGCCUUUUCAGGUGUUCUUCAUUUUUGCUUUACGACAGAAGAUAUGUCUGACUGUAAUUUUAACACUCCACCGUGAAUUUCUGUAUGUGUGUGAGGCAAAAUUGUGGAAAAGAAGCUUUAUUUGUUUGCUUAUUUUCCAUGUUUUGUAGAAUUGAAGAAAUGUGAUAUUUGUGUUUCUGAGACCCUGUUACCAUGGUUACAGUGUUACGAAUCCCAUGGGAAAAGGGUUAAUCAGCUUUAGUUGAAACAUACGUGGACUUCGUGCUCUUAGAUGAGGUGACAGGGACGGGUAGGCUCAGAAAUAAAGAAUAGGGGCCCCUUCCACAGAACGGUCUUAGUGCUACGUCAAUCAUGAUCCUAUGUUAAAGUAUGGUACAUGUAUUUAUGAUCAUCUUAGCGCUAAGAUCGCUAUGUGGAAUGGGCCACAGGUCUACUGCGUCCUUCUUACACAGUGACAGAACUAUGUGUCAACAGAUAACAAGGAAGAAACAUCUGUUGUAUUCCUAGAUGUCUUGUCUGAACAUGCAAAUCUACUACAGUAUCAGUGAAUCACAAUUGUUUUCAUGAAACAACAAUUUCUGCAGUAACCAAUUAGGCCAUGAUAAAUUAAUUACCCCCAUUAUUAUAUUUCAUCACCAUCCACCCCACUGCCAAACACCUCGCCUCACCUCACCUCACAUCACAUCACGUUAUUGUCCCUGCCUGCAGAUGAAGCAAUGUGUUGCCUUAGUGUGGCUGAUGAAAUACAGCAUGUGCAUAGUUCUGCUUCACAUUCAUGCUUCAUGGGACUCACAUCCAUCGCCAGAUGCCUUGAACUGAUACCUUCAACAAUUUAAAAAUUAAAUAUAAAAAAUACUUCAACCUCAUAUUUAAAAAUGGGAUGAAAGUCUAAUAAUUAAUUUAUUGUGGCCUUAUCCUUACUUGACUGGUCGACAUCGUCUUCAUAUCAUGCCUUAGAUGCUCAUGUUGACACAGUAAUCUAUGAACGUACUAUUGCAGAAAAUCUUAAGCUUGUCAUCACUGUUAAACGAAUGUUUUUCUAUCAGAUAUUUUCAUUCUAUUUUCAAUUGUUUCUUCAUAUCCUGAAAACUGUACAUUGUACUUUACAUGUCAAAUAGGGACGGUCGGGUAGCCUAGUGGUUAAAGCAUUCGCUCGUCAAAUCGAAGACCCGGGUUCGCUUCCCGACAUGGGUACAAUGUACGAAGCCCAUUUUUAGUGUUCCCCGCUGUGAUAUUGCUGGAAUAUUGCUAAAAUCGGCGUAAAACCUCACUCACUCACAUGUCAAGUUAUGUCACAUGUGGGAACAAGUUAUUUGGCUUUUACUACACAUGGUAAGAGAACAAUAAACAACAUGAAAUAUAUUUUCACUAUGAUCACUGCACAAAAAAGACACUUCGGACCAGUGUUCGGCGUCCAGUGUUGUAAGAGAAUGUGGAUUGACUGGUUACAAUGGCCACUAACAUGGUACAGAAAUGAGUGACCAUUUGGUGGGGCCAGCUUUGGCUGAGACUAGCACUGUGGCUAUAUUACAUGCCCUUGCACUGCACAUGUUGUAUAACUGAAUACAUUGUACUUCUGUAGUUCACCUAUAUAUAUCACAAAGAUGGAUGUUUUGGGUCAGUUGUAAAGUUUGCCAACUUUGUUUCACCUUUCUUAUGGGUUUUUAUAUGUAAGGUACAACUAUAAGAGAUCCUGUUAAAGAUCCUUCAAUGUUGCAUUAGGACCAAGUCCAGCAAUUUUAUCUUUGGAGGAGAAAGGUGUGUUGAUGUUUCGUAUUGUUUUAGGAAAAAAUCAUAUUUUAGAUUUAUUAAACUGCUGACAAAAUUCAUGGCAAAAUAUUCAAAAUUGAUCUAGCACCACCUCCUUUUUCAAAAGAUAAAAUGUUUAUCUCUAAUUAAGCAAACAUCUUGCCUGUAUAUUUUUUAAUUGUUUUACCAAAGUGAUGCAUAAUAAGGAACCAUCAGUGUUUCUUAAUCAACCAGUCCCAUGCCUAUUUACGAAUCUAGUCAAUGCAUUACAGCAAAUGUAUUUAAUGUGUUCGAAAGACUUCUUCAUCAUACUUCAUGUUGGAAUGUAAUUAUUGUGAAAAACAUUAUAAAGGCACCUCUUUUAUAAUGUCGUGAAACUGAGAAUUCUUCAAUCCAUGGUCAGCUGUGUUUGUUAGUGAAGUUGUCAGUAGACUUAGAAUAGUCGUGGGGAUCGUGGUGUUUUCCAUGACAAGUAUUCCGUCUGGAUUCGGCGGACGAAGAUCACGGACUGAGGAUCAAUGGUGAGCCUGUGUGAACCCUGUGUACUGUUACACUUAAAGCUGAUGUUAGAUACUGUUAGAGUAACUGUACAUGGUAGAUACAGAAAGUGGAAAAAAUGUUUUUUUAUUACUGAAUGCAAACAUGUUUAGGUAAAUGGAACAUGCAUAGUUUAUGUUGAGCUGCAGGGCUGAAGAAGCAGGCUUGAUGAAUGCCAUGGCAAUAAGUUCAGUUAAUUUUUUAAUUUUUAAAAAAUUUUGUGCCGAUAUUCUGAUAAGGAAGAGAAUUUAUGGAUGUCAACUUCUUGAUUAUGAGGAACACAACGUUUCAUAGUAAAUACUUACUCCCUCAUAAUAUAGAAGUUUACAUCCAUAAAUUCACUUCCUUAUCAGAAUAUCGUCACAAAAAUUAAAAAUACCUUUCUAAAUACCUUUCAAAGAUUUACUAUUCUAAUUAACAGAAAUUAUAGGAAGAAUGAUGCCUGAUGCCAUGGGGAUGGUGAUAGGUAGUACUGAUGGAUCAAUUGGUGAAUACUGCGAGGAUAACAUUGGAUUAUGUUCAUGGUUGUUAUUCUUAAGGGAUGCGGGGCGGUGGUUAAAGCCUAAGAACUGGGUUCAAUUCCCGACAUGGGUACUAUGUGUGAAGCCCAUUUCUAGUAUCCUCCGCUGUGAUAUUGCUGGAAUAUUGCUAAAAGCGGCAUUAAACCAUACUCACUAACUCACUCACUCACUCACUUUAGGGAUGCAGAGAUACAGGAGUCCAAACAGCAAUACAUGUCCAACAGUCCACAUCACACUACACUGGUUCACAGUAAACACAGCUCACAAGCAUGGUAGUCACCAAUAUCAUUAUAAUCAGAUCUUAGUGCUCACUGCUACAAAAGUAGUGGUGGGAGGCCCUAGAAUCUGAUGUUAGUGAGAUUGGGUACUCACAUCUGUACAAGGAAACAGAAUAAAUUGACGCAAGGUUUUGCUUUUAGUUUGGGCCUUUAUGACAGGAAGUCCUGGACUUUAAAACCAGAAAGGUUGACAGCUGCAAAACAAAAGUCAAAUUCCACAUAAUCAGCAUUUAUCAGUUUCAGUUUCGUAUUGGUUGUGUUAUAUGUAACGUUUAGUAUCAUGGUGUGUCGAUUUAGGACUGAGGAAGUGGGUGGCCUGGUGGUCUCAGGUGCCACAAUUCACUCUCCAGAGUUGUGUGCCUUACACUGCCAGGAUCUGCUGAUUGUAGCUUGGAAACCAAGAUUCAACCAGUGUUUGUCAGUUUCUUCAGAGUUGUUAAACUCCAGACCAUGGGGCUUUCUUCCCACAUCAAGUUGACAUGCCAGGACAUGACUGAAAUACUCUUCAAAGCAGCGUUAAACCCAACUCAUUAUAUCCAGACGACUACUUAUUUGUUCAUUGUUUGUGAGAGCUUUGGUGAUACAAAGAGGUGCAGUGGUCACUUAGCAUGUGUUUGUUAUUGCUGACGUCAUGCACUAGUUUAUUUUUCAAGAGGUAUGUUGAUUUUUUGAGAAUAUUAAAUAAUGACAUCAAUCCAGUUCCUAAUACUUUGCAAUGUGUGGCCGUAGUGUUCAUUCACUUAGGUGUCAAUUGGUCCAGAUUAAAUUUACUCUUGAAUAAGUUGAAUAUUGACUCUCAGGCUUUUUGCUUCAGUAUCAGCAUGCUGUAUUUGUUUUAGUUGCACCUUUGCAGGAAUAUCAAAAUCUUUGUGGAGUUAUGAAGAGGAUACCUCUGUGAAGAACAAGUAGUCACUGGAUUCCAAGUUUGAAGGAGUUGGUGCGAAACAAAAUGAAAUCAGUUAUCAGUCUUUCAUAGAUAUUUUUUGUUCUGAAAAGAGGCGGUAUCAAAAACUGACUGUUAUUAGAAUACAUCACUAGCAUUCUGGAUAACAGCACACUUUUUCAACUGUUAUCAUUUGAAGUCCGUUGGUAGAUGUACUUUAAUGAUCGUAAGAGAACUUGUAUACAUAACCAAACUGCAGAGGUUGCUAGUUUUGUGUGGGAUUGUUGUUAAAAAUGUACUUGUUUAUUGUUUACAAUAAUUUUUACAUUUUACAUUAUCCAUUGAGUCUCAAUUGCUUUUUUUAUAGACUUGAAAAAAUUAUGUUAGACCAGUUUAUUUUUAUUUUUUCCUAAUAUGCCACAAUUCAGUAGGCAGAAUAAAUAUUUCAAGGGAAAAGUUGAUGCAAUAUUAAUAUAACAUUUGUUACAUUUGACCACUUUCUAAAUGGCAUUUGUGUGUUCGUAAUAUUAAUAACCUUUUAAAUAUUAAUAUUAACUGCCCAGAAAUUUAACGCAUCUAGAUGGUUAAAAUGUUAAAAAUGCUCCUGAAGUUAAGAUUUUCGAGAUAAGCAUUUUUCUGUCCAUACAUUUUAUAUUUUUCUUUUUCACUUUUGCUCAAAUAAAGGCAGGCAUGUCCUUGAUACAGGACACUUAGGCCAGAAUUGUUUUUUAGGGGGUCUACAAAUUUUGAGUUUUUAUUUUGUAAACCAAGCAAAGAACAUGCGAGGCCCUCAAGUGGUCUGGCCUGAUGAAGAAAUCCAACAUCUCACUGUACUAGAACAUUGAAGUUUAACAUACAUUGGCUGUGUAUGGUCUGUGCCACAUUGUACAGUAGGACACGGAUAUAACAAACACGGAUAGAGCAAAGAAAUGGAUACAACGAACUGUUACAAAAUCCCCAAUUUAUCUCCUCUAUAUUAUCAUAUAAAAUGUGCAUAUAUAACGAACUCUCUAUAGCGAAACUUACGUAUAUACAAACUCAUACCUGAUCCCCGACAAGCCCAUCUACUACCAAUUAGUGACGUGUACAGUAAAUGGAGAAAUCUCACUCAGUGUCAAGUGUCACUGACAAUUGGCUGUACGCAGUCAGCGCAAAUCAACACAAUCAGCGGUGACGAUUCAAACUUGUUGAACUUGCUUUAUGCUAAUUUUACCUGUAACUGGACUAAUCUUAUCUGUAAGACAAACAUAAAUUUCACGCGAUUAUGUCAAAGUGUCACUUUGCACAUGCUAUCAUGGCGGGCAAUGCAGCAGUUACAUGUACUGUGUUUUGUUUAUCCAAGAUGGCAGACGUUUCCGAGCGAAUACAUAUAUAACGAACAAUGUAUGUAAGGAAGUGAUUUCUCCGGUCCCUUGUAGUUGGUUAUAUCCAUGUUCUACUGUAUCAGUAUACACACAAUACCUCAUCGCCAAUCCAUACCACAAAGUCAAGCAUUUGUUUUGUGUCUGUCAAUUAACAUGGUUUUAAUGAGGAAUGUAUAUGUGUCACUCACAGUGUACUGACAACUGUUGUCAUCGGCAGGUUUGUUUUGAUGUGGCGGUCAUGACAGAAGUUUAAGAGCGGUGAAAUGAAUAUGAAAAUAGAACUUGCCUGGGCCUUGAACCCCCACCCCAAAACUGUAUGACGUAGUUUAUCAUGAUGAUGACCUCUAGCUGCACAUAGAGACAUUACCAUGGAAACACAGAGCAUGUGAUGGGUGUGAUUCUGUUUUCUAUUCUGGAAGAAUUAUGCGCCAACUUCAGACAUAUUCUAGCCAGUUUAAGCCUUGUUUCGUUUAAGGAAAGCACUGUUUUUAAGUCAAAUGUUCGAGAAGUGUUGUGAAGAAACACAUUGUUGCAUUGUAUGUCCUGUACUCAGCAUGGAAGAAGUCCCCGUCAGCUGCCGACUCACUGUCGGUGUGAAGUCAGAGCAUGUCGUCACAGGGAGCGUCAGGCACACUGAUGGCAUGUUUUAUUAGGUGUGUGUAAUGUGGCAAACAAGCAUGAUGACGGCAGCUGAUUCUCUCAGUAUUACUAUUAGGCCUGGGACGAUACACCAACUGUGCGAUCCAAUAUGUAUCACGAAACCUUAUUUAUGAUCCCAUAUGUUUCAUGAUACUUGCAUGUGCUUUUAUCUGUGGUCCCUAAGCCAUCUUUUUCAUAGACAGGAUGGCCAAAUACCUGAUUUACAGUCGGCAGUGUGAAGAAUGGCACGACGGACGAAAAUAUUUACGUUUUCACUAUAAACUUUCAUUACUAAUUGGCGUUUAGUGUAACAGUUCUUAAAGCCAACAUUAAAGGUACGAAUCAAUAUUUUUUUCUUAGUGUGCUCCUGUGAUCAAUAUUUGUAAUGAGAAGUAAAAAAUCGCGGUCCAUCAAUGCAUCGGUGUAUCGUCCCAGCACCAAUCACAAUGAGAAAUUGUCAUGUGGUUACAGAUGUGUUCUCCCACACAGGUCUAGCUGGUAGUGGAUGACAACGUUGUGCACAUCCCUACACCCUAAACUGAAUGUUUUGACCGCAAUGUUGGGGUCUUUUGCUUAGUGUUGUUCUUGAUGUUGCUGUUGUGCCAAGAAUGAGACACAUUGUCAGGGUUGUACUAGGGAACUGUUUCCUACACAUGAUGAAAUUUGAGUUCGCAGAUAAACAAAAUGAGUUUCAAAUUAUUUGAAUCAAAUCUGCUAGGACUAGGACUGGCUAUUGGUUGGACCCAAUUCAUCCUUUCAAUUUUAUUUUGAAGAUCUGCUUUGCAUUUGCCUGUUGUCUGGUAUUCAUGCUUUUGCCAAGCAAAUAAUACCAGUUCAACGAAAUAUUGUCGAUUACUUAAAUGACUAUGGUUGCAAUUAGUAAAAGGUGAUGAAUGAGCAAAUGACAUCAUAAUAUAUACUGUGUGGUUGAUAGUUGAGAGUGAAUUAAAAGCAUCCUACAUUAGUAUCAGACUGUAAACUGCCUUGAGCUCCCGGACUUAUGGGCAUUGGACUCUUGAAGGCACUAUCGCCAUCAUUCUCGACUAUCCAGGGUAGUGUAUCUCUAUUGUAUUAUGGUAAAUAGCCUGCACCUAGCUUCUACCAAAGCUUUCGGAAGUGAUAUUUCAUCUCCAUCUGUCCUAUCGCUGUCUUAGCACAUAAUUUCUCUUUCUCAUGGGUGUAAUUUGAUUGGAUGGCUAUUUUUAGUAUUGUGUCAUUCAAACUGGGCGCACAAUGAACCUGUGGUAGUGCAAGGGUCCAGGCUAUAUUGUGUAAUGGAAUGGAGACAUAGAUUCCUUGCAUCCAGUUAUUGUUUGGCUUCCCGCACAGUUUGAACUCUGUCCUCAUUAGUACAUAUUAUGUUUAUACUGACAUUUGGAAUUACAUUUACAUGAAAUAGCUUACAAAAUCAAUGUAGAAGCAGGUUCAGUUGUGAUUAUUUCAAGGUUUUAGGUUUGAAAGGGGAACCAGUAGGCCACGUUACUGUAUUAGUGAUUACCUGUGUGUAGCACGAUACAUCAGUGUUAUUGUGUUACUUGUGUGUGAGGUGCCAUGUUGGCUGUCUGAACUGUUAGCUGCUGUCUUGUACACUUGUGAUUCCAGCCAAUGAAGAAUUAGGAUUGCACACAUUGUAAGGAUGGUCAUAACUUCUGGAACACAGUCGUAUCAGCUGUUUUUAUAAUUCACUCAAUCAUCCAUUCAUGUUGAUUUUAUUUAAUAAAUCAAUCAUUCUAAGGA